ACUGCAUCAUUGGAGGUAGAAAAAUGUCGCUGUAGUUGACGAAGCUGAACUUGCAGGUCUAAAAUCAUCUUUACAGUAUCUGAGAAUGAGUAGUUUACAGAGUGUUAUUGCCGAAUGGGAAGAACUGGAAACUGAGUUUAAAGAGUUGGAGGAGAAUCACAAGAACUAUGUGAGUAAAGUAGAUGAAGUUAAGAAUUUGCAGGCAAAAUGUGUGAAUGGAAUUGCACAUCAGAGGUAUCGCAUGAAACAGGUUGCAGAUAACUUAAAGAAGUAUGGCAAAUCCAAUGAUCAGGAAAUUGCAAGUUUAUAUCAGACAAUAGAAGAGAGAAAAACCCAGUUUAGGGAAUUUGAAGAUGUACUGCCACAUAAAAAUGGGAUAUAUUUAAGCAUUGUUCUUGGGCAGGUCAACGUAUCACUUCUUAGCAAGAAAGAUAAAUAUCUAUAUAAGCAAGACUACGAGAAGUUCAAGCUGAUUGUGUCCACCAUCUCCAUGGUGCUAGCCUUCUGUUUACUGUUCUUUAUAUCAUCUAGGUAUCUGGAUGCUGCCUACCACUUUCUCUUGGUCUGGUACUACUGUACAUUGACGAUAAGAGAGUCCAUUCUUAUUGUGAACGGUUCAAGAAUCAAGGGUUGGUGGGUGGCUCAUCACUUUGUGUCCACAGUGUGUACUGGGGUGCUGCUGAUCUGGCCUGAUGGUGUGACUUACAGACUCUUCCGGCAACAAUUUAUGAUUUUCUCUGUAUAUCUCAGUUUUGUCCAAGUGCUUCAGUUUUACUACCAGAGCGGGUGUUUGUACAGACUGAGAGCAUUGGGAGAAAGGCACAAUAUGGAUAUCACUGUUGAGGGGUUUCAGUCUUGGAUGUGGAAGGGCCUGUCUUUUAUCCUGCCAUUUUUGUUUGGGGGCUAUAUAUUCCAGUUUUACAAUGCCUACACAUUGUACCACUUGGCCUUUCAUCCGCAGUCUGAGUUGCAGGUACCAGUUGUAUGCUUCAUGUUCUUUGUCCUUGCCUCUGGAAACGCAUGGACUACACUUCUCGUUAUACGGGAAAAGCUGAAGAGCAGGCUUCAAGAGUCAAAACCUAAACUUUUCCGCAUGAAGAGCAAGUACAAGUUUAACUGGAAUAAUAACAAGGAAACGACUAAAGUACUUUGACACCACGGUAAUGUCAGGGGCUGGAAAAUUACUGCACCAGAUAAUUCUGCAUUUUUCUUGCAUUAAAGCAGAAGACUUUUUUCCAAUCUUUUCACAAGCAAUAAAAUAAACAUGUUUUGUGUCCAGCAAGGAUGGUGACCUGCCUGAGACUGGUGGUGUGGGGAUGAACAGAAAUGGACCAAUAGAAUUACAAGUUGUGUGCCUGUCACAAAAUGGCUACCUGGGGGGCGCCACCUGCAAGGUCACAGUUGUAGAUGUGGAUCAGAUCCACGGUAGCGGGAGUGUGUGUUCUCUUUUCAAACAUAUGCAUUUGAUGUUAUAAUUUAAUUUGUUGACUAUUUAAAACGUUCAAGUAUGUAAUUGAAAUGAUUCAAGAUCAGUGCUCAAUGAAUGAACGUAACAACAAUUUGUUUAAAAAUAUGGGGAGAUAUGAUCAUUUUUGAACGUUUUCUCUAAGAUCACAUUCACAACGAGUUGAGCCAUGGCUUUACAAAUCCUGGAACUAAAUAUGGCAGA